AAACUUGUCUUUGUGCUUUUUCCUCACCAGGUAAACAGUGUGUCGGCCAGAAAGUAGCUGGCUCAGAGCAUCAGGGAUUUGACGGCCGCUCUCGCCGAGCGUCCCGCUUUGCUCACCCAGGCUCUGGAGGGGGCACGGCAGAAACGAGGCGAGGCACUGGCUGCUCAAUUGGCGGAGAGACGUGGCUUGUUGGAACACGCUGGGCUCAUGGCAUUCACGCAGGAACUGUUGAAAGAAACAGAUCAGCCCUGUUUUGUGCAGGCUUCUUGCCAGACUCAUAACAGGUUUCCCUUUUCUUUACGUUAAGUAAUCACUCUCUGAUUUGAUAGAAUAGAUCUUAGAUUAGCGCUUACUUUCUUUUUUUGAUUGGAAAUCUUCAGAGACUUCUCUUCGUGCAUUCUUCUCUGUGUUGUUUGGCUUCAGGGUAGAGGAAGCAGCCUUAGAAUGUAUAGGAAUCAUAACUUCAUUGGUUCCAAUAUAGGAUUCAUGUUUUAUAAUUGACUUGUUUUUCAGCUGAUCAUCUUAUAUAUAUAUAAUACUAAGCCCCUUUGUUAUUUUCUUUCUGUAACAAGCUGUUUUAGCUCCCUUGCACCUUUGGGCCUACAUUCUUAUGACUGGCUGCCUAUUUUAUUACAUUUACUGGGAUUAUUUGUGCAGACCCUUAACUCAUUAUUUGAAAGUUCAGUUUAUUGUUGCAUCUGUUAUUGUAAAAGGAAAUAUCCAUCAGAGAGGAGGCAGGGAACACCCUGGCUAGGUUCAAAUGUAAAUAUGUGAAAGGGAAUAAGGAAAGCCCCACAUACAGCACAGUAUCUGGAAAUAAAAACUGAAGGGAUGUCACUAAUGUGCUGUUUAUAUUUUUUUUAUUACAAUAGAAAUAUAGAUUAAAAACAGUCUUAUCUUUUAUUCAUUAAUUUUUCUUUUUCAUACGUCCUUCAAAACUGUGAGUCUUCCUCACUGUCCCUCCUGAAAGCCUUUGUUGAUUCCUUCCUUGCCCUCUGAUGCCGGAGUCUGCACCAUCCUGGCACUUUUCUGUAGAGUAUCGCCGUCGUGGCAUAGUACCAGGAGCGUCCAGAGGUGGGAUCAGAGGAGGACUGGCUGCUGCACGCUGGGGCUGGCAGCGAUUUGACGAAGUGAGUGGAAGCAGCGCUGUGAUUGACAGGUUGGAAAUGGACAGCGUGUACGUGCUGCGGGUGAGAGGCUGCAACAAGGCGGGCUACGGAGAGUACAGCGAGGAGGUGUACCUGCACACUCCGCCUGCACCAGGAGGAAACAAUACAGAAAACAACAAGGCAGCUCCAGGAUAGCCUGGAUUUUGGCCAGAAGGGGCGCACCUGACCCUGACCCACCUGCUUCCCUAGAUAAACCACAGUGGCCUUACCAAAGUCACAUUUGGCAAGAUUUAGGGUAAGGGAUGCCUCUUUUAACCUUUCAAAAGUUUCAGUGAGUGUUCCAAGGUGUUCUGGGCAGCCUCAUCUAAAUGUUUUAGGUGGGAUUUUAAAUUCUCCAAUAUUUCAGAGUUUCUGAGUCGGGAGCAACCCUCAGCACAAACGAAAACUAAGCCGUCACUUUCUGGGCUAUACUGAGACGGGGAUGCUGGCACAACUACCGGCACGGCAGACAGCGCAGCGGGGGAUGAAGAGGAGUUUACACCUGCAUCACGAACAAAAUAAGGCUUCAUCAGAUUAACAUGACACACACGACAUUUUCUCCUACGGUCUGGGGUACCUAUGACAUAAUCUGUGUCACUCAGUUUCUCUUCAACUGUAUAGGGCCCACAGAACUUUGCCUGGAGAGAGGAUCCAGGAACAGGUAGGAGAGUCAGUGGCGGUCCUAGCCUGUUUAGCCUGUUUAUGUGUGUGUGUGUGUGUG